GGUUCUCCACCCCCACCCCCCCAGCUGAGUGGAGGAGUUGAUGUGUCUCAUUAUAACAGCCAAUGCAGCCGCCAUCCACGCACAAGCAAAGAAGCAUGUCCCAUUUAAAUACACCCACGCAGCCCCAGCGCCCUUAGCCGAUCAGGGCGCGCAGCCCACACGCACCGCGGCUCCGGGCUUGGAGAUCUGUGCAGGUUGGGCUCCCGGACGGCGGACAGACGCGCGGAGGAUCGUGCUCAGGCUCUGUGGGGCUGGGGUGGGCGGGGGAGGUUUGGCCCGGGGCCUCUGGCGCGACACCCGCAUGAGGACGCGAGUGAAAUAGAACAAGGUGGAAUUUCCAAGGGAGAAGCUUCGGGGUGGUUUUGGUCCAUUUCUCCGGCGAAGAAGUAGACAUGGCGAGCGACUCCCCGGCUCGCAGCCUGGAUGAAAUCGAUCUCUCGGCUCUGAGGGACCCUGCAGGGAUCUUUGAAUUGGUGGAACUUGUUGGAAAUGGAACGUAUGGGCAAGUUUAUAAGGGUCGUCAUGUCAAAACGGGCCAGCUGGCAGCCAUUAAGGUCAUGGAUGUCACAGGGGAUGAAGAGGAAGAAAUCAAGCAAGAAAUUAACAUGUUGAAGAAAUAUUCUCAUCACCGGAAUAUUGCUACAUACUAUGGUGCUUUUAUCAAAAAGAAUCCUCCAGGCAUGGAUGACCAACUUUGGUUGGUGAUGGAGUUUUGUGGCGCUGGCUCUGUCACUGACCUGAUCAAGAACACGAAAGGUAACACCCUGAAAGAAGAAUGGAUCGCGUACAUCUGCAGGGAGAUCUUGCGGGGACUGAGUCACCUGCACCAGCAUAAAGUGAUUCAUCGAGAUAUUAAAGGGCAGAAUGUCUUGCUGACUGAAAAUGCGGAAGUUAAACUAGUGGACUUUGGAGUCAGUGCCCAGCUUGACCGAACAGUGGGCAGGAGGAACACUUUCAUUGGGACCCCCUACUGGAUGGCACCAGAAGUCAUUGCCUGUGACGAAAACCCAGAUGCCACAUAUGAUUUCAAGAGUGACUUGUGGUCUUUGGGAAUCACCGCCAUUGAGAUGGCAGAAGGUGCUCCCCCUCUCUGUGACAUGCACCCCAUGAGAGCCCUCUUCCUCAUCCCCCGGAACCCAGCACCUCGGCUCAAGUCUAAGAAGUGGUCAAAAAAAUUCCAGUCAUUUAUUGAGAGCUGCUUGGUAAAGAAUCACAGCCAGCGACCUGCAACAGAACAGCUGAUGAAGCACCCGUUUAUACGAGACCAGCCAAAUGAGCGACAGGUCCGCAUCCAGCUCAAGGACCAUAUUGAUAGAACCAAGAAGAAGCGCGGAGAAAAAGAUGAGACAGAGUAUGAGUACAGCGGCAGUGAGGAGGAAGAAGAGGAGAACGAUUCGGGAGAACCCAGCUCCAUUCUGAACCUGCCAGGGGAGUCCACACUGCGACGGGACUUCCUGAGACUCCAACUGGCCAACAAGGAGCGUUCAGAGGCCUUGCGGCGACAGCAGCUGGAGCAGCAGCAGCGGGAGAACGAGGAGCACAAGCGGCAGCUGCUGGCAGAGCGCCAGAAGCGCAUUGAGGAGCAGAAGGAGCAGCGCCGGCGGCUGGAGGAGCAACAAAGGCGAGAGAAGGAACUGAGGAAGCAGCAGGAGAGGGAGCAGCGCCGGCACUACGAAGAGCAGAUGCGCCGGGAGGAGGAGAGGAGGCGGGCGGAACAUGAGCAGGAAUACAUCAGGCGACAGUUAGAGGAGGAGCAAAGACAGUUAGAGAUCUUGCAGCAGCAGCUACUGCAUGAACAAGCUCUACUUCUGGAGUAUAAGCGCAAACAAUUGGAAGAACAGAGACAAGCAGAAAGACUGCAAAGACAGCUUAAGCAAGAGAGAGACUACUUGGUUUCUCUUCAGCAUCAGCGUCAGGAGCAGAGACCCAUAGAGAAGAAGCCACUGUACCACUACAAAGAAGGGAUGAGCCCCAGUGAGAAGCCAGCGUGGGCCAAGGAGGUAGAAGAACGGUCAAGGCUGAACCGGCAGAGUUCACCUGCCAUGCCUCACAAAGUUGCCAACAGGAUAUCUGACCCCAAUCUGCCCCCGAGGUCGGAGUCCUUCAGCAUUAGUGGGGUUCAGCCUGCUCGGACACCCCCUAUGCUCAGACCUGUUGAUCCCCAGAUCCCGCAGCUGGUAGCUGUAAAAUCCCAGGGACCUGCCUUGACCGCCUCCCAGUCAGUGCAUGAGCAGCCCACCAAGGGCCUCUCCGGGUUUCAGGAGGCCCUGAGCGUCACCUCUCACCGCGUGGAGAUGCCACGCCAGAACUCGGACCCCACCUCCGAAAACCCUCCUCUCCCCACUCGUAUUGAGAAGUUUGACCGAAGCUCUUGGUUACGACAGGAAGAAGACAUUCCACCAAAGGUGCCUCAAAGAACAACUUCUAUAUCCCCAGCAUUAGCCAGAAAGAAUUCUCCUGGGAAUGGUAGUGCUUUGGGACCCAGACUAGGCUCUCAACCCAUCAGAGCAAGCAACCCGGAUCUCCGGAGAACGGAGCCAGUCUUGGAGAGCCCCUUGCAGAGGACCAGCAGUGGCAGUUCCUCCAGCUCCAGCACCCCCAGCUCCCAGCCCAGUUCUCAAGGAGGCUCCCAGCCUGGGUCACAAGCGGGAUCCAGUGAACGCACCAGAGUUCGAGCCAACAGUAAGUCGGAAGGAUCACCUGUGCUCCCCCAUGAGCCUUCCAAGGUGAAACCAGAAGAAUCCAGGGACAUUACCCGGCCCAGUCGACCAGCUGAUCUGACGGCAUUGGCCAAAGAAUUAAGAGAACUCCGGAUUGAAGAAACAAACCGCCCGCUGAAGAAGGUGACUGAUUAUUCCUCCUCCAGUGAGGAGUCAGAGAGUAGUGAAGAAGAGGAGGAAGAUGGAGAGAGUGAGACCCACGAUGGGACAGUGGCUGUCAGCGACAUACCCAGACUGAUUCCAACAGGGGCUCCGGGGAGCAAUGAGCAGUACAACGUGGGAAUGGUCGGGACCCAUGGGCUGGAGACCUCUCAUGCAGACACCUUUAGCAGCAGUAUUUCAAGAGAAGGGACCCUGAUGAUUAGAGAGACGGCUGGAGAGAAGAAGCGAUCUGGCCACAGUGACAGCAAUGGCUUUGCUGGCCACAUCAAUCUCCCUGACCUGGUGCAGCAGAGCCACUCCCCGGCUGGGACCCCUACCGAGGGCCUGGGACGCGUCUCCACCCAUUCCCAGGAGAUGGACACCGGGACUGAAUAUGGUAUGGGAAGCAGCACCAAAGCCUCCUUCACCCCCUUUGUGGACCCCAGAGUAUACCAGACAUCUCCCACUGAUGAAGACGAAGAGGAUGAAGAAUCAUCCGCUGCAGCUCUGUUUACUAGCGAACUUCUUAGGCAAGAACAGGCCAAGCUCAAUGAAGCAAGAAAGAUUUCUGUGGUAAAUGUAAACCCAACCAACAUUCGGCCUCAUAGCGACACACCGGAAAUCAGAAAAUACAAGAAACGAUUCAACUCAGAAAUACUUUGUGCGGCUCUGUGGGGUGUAAACCUUCUGGUGGGAACCGAAAAUGGCCUGAUGCUUCUGGACCGAAGUGGGCAAGGCAAAGUGUAUAAUCUGAUCAACCGGAGACGAUUUCAGCAGAUGGAUGUGCUAGAGGGACUAAAUGUUCUUGUAACAAUAUCAGGAAAGAAGAAUAAGCUGCGAGUUUACUACCUUUCAUGGUUAAGAAACAGAAUAUUACACAAUGAUCCAGAAGUGGAAAAGAAGCAAGGCUGGAUCACCGUCGGGGACCUGGAAGGCUGUAUACAUUACAAAGUUGUUAAAUAUGAAAGGAUCAAAUUCUUGGUGAUUGCCUUAAAGAAUGCUGUGGAGAUAUAUGCCUGGGCUCCUAAACCAUAUCACAAGUUCAUGGCAUUUAAGUCUUUUUCAGAUCUUCAGCACAAGCCCCUGCUAGUUGAUCUCACUGUAGAAGAAGGUCAAAGAUUAAAGGUUAUUUUUGGCUCCCACACCGGUUUCCAUGUAAUUGAUGUUGAUUCAGGAAACUCUUAUGAUAUCUACAUACCAUCUCAUAUUCAGGGCAAUAUCACUCCUCAUGCUAUCGUCAUCUUGCCUAAAACAGAUGGGAUGGAAAUGCUUGUUUGCUAUGAGGAUGAGGGGGUGUAUGUGAACACCUAUGGCCGGAUAACUAAGGAUGUGGUGCUCCAAUGGGGAGAAAUGCCCACAUCUGUGGCCUACAUUCAUUCCAAUCAGAUAAUGGGCUGGGGCGAGAAAGCUAUUGAGAUCCGGUCAGUGGAAACAGGACAUUUGGAUGGAGUAUUUAUGCAUAAGCGAGCUCAAAGGUUAAAGUUUCUUUGUGAAAGAAAUGAUAAGGUAUUUUUUGCAUCCGUGCGAUCUGGAGGAAGUAGCCAAGUGUUUUUCAUGACCCUCAACAGAAAUUCCAUGAUGAACUGGUAACAGAAGAGCACUUGGCACUUAUCUUCAUGGCGUUAUUUCUAAUGUAAAAGAACAUAACUCAUGUGGACUUAUGCCAGUCUAGAGGCAGAAUCAGAAGGCUUGGUCGAACAUACCACUUUCCCCUUUUCCUCUCCCUCCACCCCUCCCGAUACAGUCCAUCUUUCAGUGUUGCAGCCCGGUUGAGAAGGAGAGAAAAAGGUGGCAGGAAUGUCCAGGAGAUCCCCAAGGAUGCUGCGUUGUCCGUGGACAAAGAUGGACCAUGUGCCCUUCGGAGUUAGGGAUAGAAACAGAUAUUGUGUGCUCUUCUGAGUAAGCUGUGUUAUGGUGGCUUUUGAGUUGUUUUUUUUUUUUUUUUUUUUUUUUUGUUUUUUUUUUUACCUUUUUUCUUUACUCCCUUACUUUGUAAGAAUGGGGAGAGAAUGCUCACUGAGAAAAUGAGUCUGUUUUUAAUUGUCUGCCUGCUAGCUUUAAGUACACAGUAUGUUGUAAAAUUUCCGAUUUCCAAUGGUGAGAGACAGCACAAUAAAUGUACUUUAUCUCCUUUCACUGAAGGCCAUCACUGCAUAGUGGGGUGAUUUAAGAACUCUCUUGCCUUCACCAACCCAAAAGGUUGCUUUUUGAUAGCAACUGGCUAAUGAGUUUUUAAAAGAGAAGAAAAAAUACUAGUUUUCCCCUCUUUUGGGAAAUAGAUUUUAAAUGGCUAAACUACUAGCCUUAGUCUAAUAAAAUCAACUACCACUUUUGUGAGUCUGACAGGUCAUAUUUUUAUAUGGCCCUUUAUAGAAUGGAGCGUGUUGAAUGGGAUAGAAAUGCCAUUGAACAAGUUGGCCUGGCCACUGAGGAGGGGCUGUAAUGCACCCUUUCCUCAGCUAUUAUGCAACAGAUCAGGGCAAAAGGGGACAACAGACGGAGUCAGACAGAAAGAGCCUCUGGGAAACAAGCUUAUAUACGUGUAUAUGUACACACACACACACACACACACACACACACACGUUGUUUUUUAAAUGCACAAAGCGUCCCAGUAAGAGGUCACUUAUUUGGGGCUUCAUUUGGACUGAGACUUUGUUUUUGUGGGAAUUGGGGAGUGGGUGACAUCCAGGCUCUGGACAUUCCCAGCUCUCUCCUGAGGGUGCCACUUUCUCAAGAUGAAAACUGUGACUGAAAAAAAAAAAAAAUCAAUAACAAAUGUUUCUGAGCUGCCAGUGUUCUCCUUAGGUUGGUGAGAGAAGGGAGUAGACUCCUAAGCCUGCCGCAGACAACAGCGGGCAUUGUUGGCUCAGAUUUUAAUGAACUUGAAAGCAAGGCUUUGGCCAAAAUUCUGAGACCCUAAUCACUUUACCUUCCUCCAAAUUACCCAACAUACGGUAAACAACAUUUGUGCAGAGAUAUGUAUGUAUUUAGUUCAGGUUGACUUGUGUCCUUAUAAACUCUUACUCAAAUGAUUUGAACUUUUACGUGACUGUCUGGGAUUUUUUUUCCAAAGCUACAAGCAUGGCCGCCUGUGGUAUCGAGGUGUUGCAAAAAACGAUAUCUGUGUUGCGCUUCCUGUUUUAACCUACCUCGUUUUGUUUGUUUUUGUUUCACUGUUCAUCACAGCAGUGUUAUCUCCAGGAGACAUAUAGAGAGCUCAACUGGCAAUCUCAGGAGUAUUGACUGUUUUAAAAACGAAACAGUAGUUGACCAAAUUGUUCUUUAAAAAUUGGGGGGCGGGGAGAGGGGGUCCAAUGACAAAAACUAAUAUGGCUUGUUUUGGGAGAAAGCAAUUACUGUGAAUGGAUCCAAAGAAAAAUCUGUGAUCCUACUGAUUUUGCCUAAAUACAAGAGCAGCUGAUGUACUAUUAAUGAGAACGAAAUACAUUAGAAAACUGGUACCAUUUCAAUCCUGUGGUUUGGGGCAAGGGGAGAAGGGAGGGGAAAUAAUCUGAUUUCCAAACCAGUUGAUUAUGCCCCCCUGCCAAAGGUGGUUGUCAUUUGCAUUUAUUUUAAGCAUUUAGCACACAGGAAUGCAACUGAGGAUCAUCUUCAGGCAAUCACAAGAGGUCCUCAUCAUGGUCCCUUUAGUUCACAAAAACAAUGAAUUGCUCCCGUUCUCAUUUUUACUGCUGUGAUUAUGCUGCCGAAUAACACUGUCUUCACAAAUUCCAUGCAACAAAUUCAGCAAUAACUUUUUGGACUGAACUUAACAACUACUGUAAUUGGAUGCCGAUGUGGACAAAAUGCAUUGAUCUGGUCUCAUCCCCAAUGUGAUUGCCACCAGCUCUUUAUAUUGCUGCUGUGGUAUUUUAAACCAGAGCUUCUUUAAAUUAUGUUGCAAACUGAUCUUUGUUUUUAUGUUUUGUUUUGUUUUGAUUUCUAAGUGAUGAGUUCGAAAACACACAGCUUUAAAUGAUUUUUUUAUUGUGGGUUUUGGGUACAGUUAAGAAAUAAAAGGGAAUCAUUGUGUUUAAACAUAAGGUAGUUUGUGAAUGUAUUUUUUAAAAUCUAGAUUCAUUGAAACAAAAAAAACAUAAGAAAACAAUAUUAAUGCAGUCUUGUUUACAGUAUGUACAGUGACAUGACAUAGAACAUGAGCUUUUCUGGUGCCAACAACAAUAAAACACAAACGUUAAACAUCAAGCCAUGCCUUUUAUAUUUUCGUACAAAUGUCUUACAUUGAGUAUAAGGCAAAAUCAAAUUUAAAAGGGACCCCCAUAAAUCUCCUUAAAACAUAGUUCUGGAAUUCCUUGAAAGUUUUAUCUUCAAAAAAAGAUAUUUCCCUAUCAGGACAGGACCCAGCCCUGACACAUCCAGGCCUCGAUCAUGCAAAUUUUAUCAGAAUUAUGUCCUUGUGGCUCAUACCAUUCCCGAGUUUUUGGUUUGCUUUAUUUUGGAGGGAGGGACGGGUGUUCUCUUCAUUCAUUUUAAUAGCAUCUUAAUAAAAAUGUUUUUAGUUUUGAUCUUCAUGUAGAACUAGAAAUUGGCUCAUUUUUUUUCUACAAAAUUGGAGAAUUGAACUCUCCCUCCCCAAAGUAAGCUUAACUAGAUCUCUCAGUCUUCUUCACUGAAUUGAUCAUUAUACAGCAAAAAAAUCAUCCAGCAAAAUCCACCAAGCCUGCCCACACCAUAGUCUUGGUCCAGGGUCUGGCAGGUGAUCCUCGUUUCCAGUUGCUGGUCAGGGGACUUGUUGCAUAGGUUCCUGCAUCCAGUGGGUAGUAGAAAUGGAUGAGCUAUAAGGCCCCUUCCUAAUGGGAGUCAGUCGUGUCCACGACAGUUUCAUUCAGAUGCUUGUCACUGCACACAAUGUAGAGGAAGACAACUUGUACUACGCUGCACAUAAAAUCUAAUGACCGUUUGGAUAGAUCUCAUUAUUUUUCUUGGAGACUCAGAUAAUGCUUCAAGAAGACCCAGAGCUAUUCACUUAUUGAUGACAGGGUAGAUUAAGGCAUGGGUAAAAUCUCUCGAGGCCACCUGGACAGGAGCUCCAUUUUUCUAACACUUUUGACAUCACUUUCUAAGCUGCAUUCAUAACACACCUUGCGUCAAGAACACAUUUAUUAAAAGCAUCCUAAUAUCUGAUUGUCAGGAACUACUAACAGUUUUCUGUCUGCUCUUGUGACUCAUUGGUAAUUGGUGUCUCUGGUCCCUCCUGUGCUAUAGAUUAGAAAGAGGUGUGAUAGUAAUGCUGGAGCCAUUUUGUUAUUAUGUGUUGCCCAAGGAGGAAGGGUCAAGUUUGAUCUCCCGUUCCAAGAAGUUUAAAAAAAAAAAAUGCUAAUCCUACUACUAUGUGUACCAGGUCCCAUCACUGUAUCCUUGAAAAGUGGAAGAGCUCUUUGUGUUAGUAGUGUGUGCUGUCUUUGAAAGUCUGCUUGAAUAGGCAUCACUUGCAUUUGUGCUGGUUGCUUUGAAAUGUAAGAUGUGCUGCAUUAUUUUUAAGAAGGAAUAUGAAGUUAUUGGUCAAAGCUUAAUCUUAACCUAUAGCAGGAAAACCUGAGAAAAUCCACAACAUGCUGAUAGCAAUUCUGAAUCACCCUACCAUGCACCUUUCCAUGCAAACCAUCUGCUACGAUGUUCUGACAAUUUCAACAAUUUGUAUAAAUUGUUAGCUACUUUUUAGUUCACUCCUCAAAUAUUUAAAUCUAACCAAAUCAAACAAAGCAUAACCAACCAACCAAUCAAGCAAAAACUGGCUUCUCCUGAGACUACAUAGUACAACAUAAAAUCUAAAAUCCAAGAUUCAAAAUUUGAUUUACUUUACUUGUCAAUAUUGUCUCAUAAAUGCUUCUGUACUUUUGCCUUGGUCAACAUAGCAAUAUCAGGAACUCCAAAAUGAGCUGUCUUAAAUGAGUCUAAAAUAAAAUGGUUAUAAACUGAUCUCUUUUCGGAAGUCUCAACAAAGAAGAGAACCUCUUGAGAAUUGCACAUUUAAAACUGAAAAUAUAUACAUUUCUACCAAAUAUUUUCUAAUACUGUUUUGAUUUCCAUACUGUAUCUUUGUUCUGAUAAUUUUUCCAUAGACAUCUAGAAUAUUCAACAAUUUGCAAAGCAUUAAACAGUGUGAGAUCAUAA